GGCUAGUUCCUUAGAAAUUACCAUCAGACUAAAGGGCAAAUAUUCAGUUUUUCAAUUUGCAGAUGAAUUUAUCCUUAAAAUACAGCCUGGCGUGGUUACAUCAUGGCAAGGUUAGUGCAGUCAUUAUAAAACCGUUGGAAUAAAAGUGGUGCCGCCACUGUGGGGAAUAUUAGACUUUGCCUUUAUUUCGAGGAGCUCAGUGGACUGGGUUUUAUAUUAAUUUGGCCGCUGUCUCUUGGGAUUCCUCUGUACGGAGCUGACUCUGAACCAGAUCACAAUGACUGAUUUUGCAGAUUUUCUAAAAAAUGUGGGGGAAUUUGGAAGAUUCCAAAAAGUGUUGGUGGUUAUGGUUUCCUGCCUGAGCUUCCUCAAUGCCUUCCACGUGUUAAGCCAAGUCUUGAUGGAGAUCUCCGUGCCCCACCACUGCAACACCAGCUGGAUCCUUCAGAUCAACCCAAACCUGAGCCAGGAAGCGCGGCUGAACUACACCCUCCCCAGGAACAGCCAAGGCCUCUAUGAGCAAUGCAUCAUGUACACGCCGGUGGAGUGGGAUAUGGAGUCCAUUGAAAAGUAUGGGCUGAAUGACACCGGCCCGUGCCAGGAUGGAUGGGAGUACGACACGUCGGAGCAGAAAUCAACCCUGGUCACUGAGUUUGACCUGGUGUGCCAUAGAAAAGAACAGACCGGAAUCUCCCAGUCCAUCUUCAUGUCUGGACUCCUAAUAGGAGCUCUGGUUUUUGGGCCUUUAGGCGACAGGAUUGGCCGGCGCCCGGUUAUACUGAUGUCCAUGUCCAUGCAGCUGACGUUCGGGCUUGCGGCAGCGUUUGCGCCCCACUUCUAUGUUUACAUGGCCUUCCGAUGGGUUGUCGGAACCUCCAUGUCGGGACUUUCGAUAAACAACCUUGUUCUAGUUGCUGAAUGGGUGGGAUCAUCACGCCGGGCUUAUGCCACAAUCACUGGCCAUAUCUGCUUUGCAGUAGGACUAAUGACUCUGCCCGGGGUUUCUUAUGGGAUUCGGAACUGGAGGACCCUGCAAAUAGUGGGCUCUGUCCCAACGGCUCUACUGUUUUUCUACAUCUGGGUUGUGCCUGAAUCUGCACGGUGGCUUUUCAUAAAAGGAAAGAAAGAAAAAGCAGUAAAACUCCUGAAAAAAGCAGCGUCUAUAAAUAAAAAGAAGAUCCCUGAGGAUUUGCUGAUACAGUUACAUGAAGAGAAAAGUCCUAAAUCUGGAAGCAUGAUAGACCUGUUCAGAAACAAGACCCUCAGAAAGCUGACACUGGUUAUGUGUUUAGUAUGGUUUGUGAACAGCUUUGUCUAUUAUGGUUUGAGCCUGAACGUGGGCAGUUUUGGGCUGAAUAUCUACCUCACUCAGCUGGUUUUCGGAGCUGUUGAAAUCCCCGCCUGCUUUGGUGCCAUGUUUUCGGUGCAGCUGUUUGGAAGAAAGCCGAGUCAGAUGUUCUAUUUGUUCCUGGGUGGAACAGUCUGCCUUAUCAUUACCGUUAUACCCAAGAACUUGCCCAUUGUCGUCACAGUAUUGGCAGUGAUUGGGAAAUUCUCCAUUGCUUCUUCCUUCUCCAUUUGUUACAUAUACACGGCGGAAGUCUUCCCGACCAUCAUCUGGCAGAAUGGAGUGGGCUUGGCUUCCAUGGCAGCACGGGUCGCUGGCAUCAUUGCACCUCUUAUCAGUCUUCUGGAUAAAUACAACCCGGCCAUACCCAUGGCAAUUUUUGGGAGUGGGCCCAUCAUUGGGGGAAUCUUCUGCUUUCUUUUACCAGAAACACGCAACAAGGACCUUCAAGAUCACAUGCAACAGGCUGAGCAAUUAAAGAGCUCUAACAAUGUGACAGGAGAACGCCUCAUAAAUGGAACCGACCACAAGCCGGAAACGAACCCAGUUCCUCCAAAAUGCACCCGUCUAUAGAACCUAUUAAAAGGCACAAAGAAACCAGCUGCAACAGGGACCAUCAAAUAUUUUGUCAACUUAAUAGUGGUUUUCCUAUAUUUAUAAAUAACGUUUUCUAGGUCCUCAAUCUACUCUUCAACAGUGUGGAUCAAAUAUGGACAUCAAGCCUAAAAUAGAAUCUGGCUAGAAAUGCUUUUUUUUUAUAUAUAAACUUAAUGUUAAAGCCCAGAGCUCCAGCAACGCUAUAGCAGUAAUGAUCCAAGUAGUCCAGAGCAGCACCCCAUCUUCUGACCCUGUUUGGCCAUCUUGUGUGUGUAAGUGGCACUGCACAUGCUCAGUGUGCUCUGGGCUGAGAAGCUAAGCUUGGGAGUUGUUGGAAAUCAGAAAGUGGAGGGCAGCAGAAUGGUUGUACGUGUAAGGGGUGGGUAGAUUAUAUGAGAGAGCAGGUCUACAAUUUCUUGUUUAGCUGAUGAGAAGGGGACAGUGCAGGACACCAGAGAACUUGAGGUAGGCCACCUUAGUUACCAUGAAGGAAUAAUUAGGUUAGAUAUUAGUAGGGUAGAUUUGUGAAGCUCACUGCAGCUGAACAGAGUAAAGGUGGCCAUACACGGGCAGAUAAAGCUGCCGAUAUCGGUC